AAUGGCGUCGUUUAGCCGACCAAAUGAAUCAAAGAAUAUAUUUUUCAAUUAAUUCAAUUUAGCAAUUCAAUAUUUUACAAUCAAACGUUGAUAACAAAAGAAUUUGACUGAUUUACGCGUAUUUUGCGGUGUUUAUAUUAGUGAGAAACGUGUAGAGUGCAAGUGAAACCAGAAAUGGUGCUUUAUGUUUUGUCAGUGUGAUAACAUUGGUGUUUACAUGAUUUCGGCGCGGGGCAACUUGGUAAAAUGUUACCGACAGUGGAGGAGACGCGAGGGUACGACUUCCAGGACCCUGAGAAUGUCGAGAAGUGGCGCGGCGUGUUUAUAAAUCCUCUUCGAAAGGUGCUGGACCACGAGCACCCCACCCUGACAGCGGAGGAGAGCGCGCUACAGUAUGUGGAGUCACUUUGUCUACGGCUACUCGCUAUGCUCUGCGCCGUGCCCUCGCCACUUACAGUGCAGGACGUAGAAGAAAGAGUAGCGCGCACAUUCCCGACACCAUUAGACAAAUGGGCGAUCACAGAGGCCCGCGAUUUGGUCACCAUCAAGCGACGGAAGCCGAUGAUCCCCUGCGACAAGCUCCACCAGCUUCUACAAAAGGAGGUGCUUCUAUACAAAAUAGAUGUGUCUGUGUCACAGUUCAUUACGGCUGUGCUGGAGUUUAUGAGCAGCGAUAUACUGCGGUUGGCUGGGAACUAUGUCAAGAAGAUAUCCCAGAAGUCUGGGUAUGAUACUAUCACGUGCCGGGACAUUAAGACUGCUAUGUGUGCUGAUAAGGUACUAAUGGACAUGUUCUACCAAGAAUCGGAGCUAACGACCUCAGAGACCUCUGGCGGUGGCUCGGAGAGACGAGGCCGUCGCGGCUCCCUCUCGUACGCGGAGCUCGUCAGGGACCUCCUUACUGAUGAGAAGCACUUUCUCAGGGACCUCAACCUCAUCAUCAGGGUGUUCAAAGAUGAGCUCGAGAAAAUUUUGGAUAAGGAUAGUCGAGCGAUAUCCCUAAUAUUCGGCAACAUAGUGGACAUAUACGAGCUGACGGUGACUCUGCUGGGCAACCUGGAGGACGCCAUGGAGAUGUCGCAGGACUCGCCCACGCCGUAUAUCGGGAGCUGCUUUGAAGAGCUGGCAGAAGUAGAAGAGUUCCGUGCGUACGUGCGCUACGCUAACAUCGUCACUCGCAAGGAGUCCAGGGACGCGCUGCAAGCUAUUGUGGAUGACCCCGUUCUGUCGGAGCGGCUGGACACGGCGGGGCACGGGUUCCGGCUGGCCGUGAAGUACUACCUGCCCAAGUUGCUGAUGGCGCCGGUGGCGCAUGUCUUCCUCUACCACAACUAUGUCCUGGCGCUGCUGCAGAUCGCCCCCGCUUCCGAAGACAGGGAGAGCUUCAAACAGGUGGAGUGUAAUUUGCAUCCGAUCAAGAAACUAUUGAUCAAGGCGUUGGGGAAUGGACCAAAACUUGACGCGACACUCCGAAUGGCCCACCGAGCUCGCCGUCAGCUCGCCAUAGAGAAGUGUAACGAGCUAGCGCGCAUCGUGGACAACUGGGACGUCAGGGACAUUGGACAGUGCUGUAACGAAUUUAUUAGAGAGGACACGCUCUCCAAGAUAGGUCCAGGCAAGCGAAUAGCGGAGCGGCGCGCGUAUCUGUUCGACGGACUGCUACUGCUGUGCAAGCCUAUCACUAGUAUUGUCGUCAACAGCGGCGGCAGCGGCGGCGCGGGCGGCGGCGCGCAGCAACUCAAGCUCAAGGAGAAACUACACAUACGGAAACUGGAGCUCGUCGACAGACCAGACACAGACGAGGCGCGGCACCUGGUGGAGCUGUGCCCGCGCGUGGGUCCGUGCGUGGUGCUGGCCUGCGCGUCCUGCGCAGAGAAGCGACACUGGAUGUGCGACCUCGUCAUGCUCAACACCAAGCCCAUGCUGGACCGCUUCCUGGACAGCAUCCUCCUGGACCUUGAACGCCGGCACCCCUUAAAGCUCCCCCCAGCGUCCCUCUACCGGUUCGCUGUGCCGGACUCCCCCGACAACAUCCUCCUGGAGGACAAUUCCGCCGCCCGCCACCAUGGGAACGCUCCAGUACCACUUAUAAAGGGUGCGACACUCCUGAAACUAGUCGAGCGACUAACAUACCACAUAUACGCUGAUCUCAACCUGGUGAGGACAUUCCUCACGACGUACCGCUCCUUCUGUUCCCCCGGGGAACUGCUGGAGCUGCUCAUCGAGAGGUUCAAGAUACCGGAGCCUAGCGAGGUGUACGAUACGCCUAGAACUACGGAGAGUAUAGAGAGCGUGGCGAGCAGUGACGCGGAGAAGUUGAGCAAGAACACGGCGCGGGAGGACUGGAAGCGGUACAGGAAGGAGUUCCAGCAACCCGUCAAAUUCAGGGUAAUCAACGUACUCCGACAUUGGGUGGACCAACAUUUCUACGAUUUCGAGCGCGAGCCUGCACUGCUGGAGAGACUCAGGGAGUUCCUGGAGUCAGUUGAUGGCAAGCCCAUGAAGAAGUGGGUGCAGAGCGUACUGAAGACACUGCAGAGGAAGAGCCAGCCCCCGCCAGAAUGCGAAGCCCUGAGCGGCGCGGUGUCGCACGUGUUCGACCGGCUCCCCCCCACCCCGCUGCGACACGUGGCGGAGCCCGAGCGGUACGCCUGGCACCCACUGGCGCUGCAUCCGCUCGAGCUCGCCAGGCAACUCACGCUGCUGGAGUUCCAUCUCUAUAGACAGGUGAAACCAUCAGAGCUGGUGGGUGCAGUGUGGACGAAGAAGGACAAGGAGAAGACCAGCCCCAACUUGUUGAGGAUUAUCAAACAUACCACCAAUUUCACACGCUGGAUGGAAAAAUGGAUAGUCGAGAGCGAAAACUUGGAAGAACGGGUCGGAGUCGUAUGUAGAGUGUUGGAACUGAGCGUAGCAUUACGACAACUCAACAACUUCAACGGGGUACUGGCAGUAGUCGCGGCCUGCGGCUCAGCUUCAGUACAUCGGCUCCGAGCCACCUUCCAACUCCUGCCCCUCAGGCUGUCUAAAGCACUAGACGAGUUCCGGGAACUGAACUCUGACCAUUUCAGACGGUAUCAAGAGAAGUUGAGGAGUAUAAACCCGCCGUGUGUGCCUUUCUUCGGCAUGUAUCUGACUAAUAUAUUGCAUAUUGAGGAGGGGAACCUAGAUUACCUCCCCGACUCAGAAUUAAUAAAUUUCUCAAAGCGACGCAAAGUGGCUGAGAUCACAGGCGAGAUACAACAAUACCAGAACCAACCCUACUGCCUCACUGUCGAACCCAAGACUCGGGCGUUCCUAGAAUCUCUGGAUCCGUUCCCGGGCAAGGAUGACAACGAGAUCACAAACUAUUUAUACGCAAAGAGUUUAGAAAUCGAACCUAGACUCGCCAAGCAGCUGCCUAAGUUUCCCCGCAAGUACCCGGAGCUGAACCCGAAGCCGCUGAAGGCGUCCCGGCGCGCCGCCCACGACGUCGCCAACAACUCCGGCUCGUCCUCCGCCUCGCACUGCGACGAUACCAUCAGUAUGUCGUCCCAGAUAUCCCCGACCAGCAUCAGUACGUGGGACGGAGGCUCGCUGCAGUCGUUGCCGCUGGAUCUAUUGUCCACGAGUCGCGCGGAGCUGGCCAGUCCCCGCGGGGAGCGCGGCUCGCUGUCGCAGCUGUCGCAGCUGCUGUUCUUCGACAAGAACAAGCCCGCCAGAAACAGCACAAGAGACGAACCCCCGUCCCCGCGAGACAGACAUUCGCCGCGACAUGACCGACAAUGGCCGUCGUGCGAGCGUAGGACCCUGUCCCCCCGGAACCCCAUCGUCGACGCCGACCUCUUCUACUCCGCCAGGGGACACGCCGCGCCGCGGAGACCUGACCCGGAGCAAGUUCCCCCUUUACUCCCCCGCGGGGAGCCGGAGCGUCCCCCCGCGCCGCCACGCCGACCGUCCUCCCCCUCACAUUCAUAUAUACCGUCGUCUACAUGCGAGCCUCCCCCGGAGCCGCCCGACCGGCCGCAGCCCAGUCCCAAGCAUGAACUGUUCAAGAUGCCGGCGGUGUCCCCGAAGCGGUCCCCGGCGCCGCAACCGCCCGCCAGCCCGCACCCGCCCGCCGACAGAGGCGGCGUGGCGUUCAAGUUCGAGUGGCGCGGCGCGCCCACGCCGUCCCCGCCCGCGCCGCCACUCACGCCGCAUCUACCGGUGUCGUGCGGCACGCCGCCCCCGCUGCCCCCGCGGCGGCGCCGGGACUCCGCCGCGCCGCCCACGCCGCUGUCGCACUCGUCAGUAUGCGCGGGUUCUCCCCCUGCAGCCUGCGCCCCCGCCCCCGCGCCCCCACCCACGGGUGCGACCAGUAGUACGGGGUCGAUGGGGGCGCCGCCCCCGCUGCCCCCGCGGCCCGCGCCCCCGCCCGAGUUACUGCGCCCCGCGCACUCUACUAUACUGCAGCGGAGACAUAAUAACACUGGCGCCCCCCGCCUCCCCCCGAAGCCCGCCGCCAACAACACUGCCGCGCGCACGUAGCGAUACAAACGUACACGCAAACUAUUAUAUAUAAAUAUACAACAGAAAUACAUACAAAUAUAUAGAAUCUAUAUUAUAUAUAUAGUGUUACAAAAUGUAUAACACUAUAAUUUUAUUAAGAUAUGUAACUGAAUUACUUUAAACGUCAUUUUAUAUAAAAAUGGCGAAAUCGACUGCACGGUGGAUGCGGUACCUAGGGAACUCGAUGCCGUACAAAGUGUCACGGGUUCGAUUCGUGCACGGAACAACACUUUGUGUCAUCCACAGAUCGUUGUUUCUGGUCUGUGUGUGAUGUGUAUGUGAACUUGUAUGUUUGUAAACACACACGAUACAGGAGGACAUCUUAGUGUGGGGAACGUAAAAAAAAAGUUUUCCAAAAUUUUGUAAUUAAGUAGCACGGAGUCUGGAUUUGUGUCCGAUGUAUAGAGAUAGGCUCAUUCUCUAUCACAUAGGACUCAACAAGACUACCAACUAGUACUUAGGGUAAUAUAAGUCGUCUUUAAGAAACGUGAAUUGUCUCCUAUGUCGCGUGUCCAUCUACAAACAUACAAUUUCGCAUACAGAUCACGCCCACAUCCGGAACAACAAUUUCUGGAUGACAGAAUAAGUUGUUUCUGUAUUAAUUGUAUAGUCGAUGUAAGAACUGUACUAAGAUAAAGUGGAUUAUAAUUUAGUAGCAGGAGCCCGCUACGUCAUCGUUCAAUUUACAGUAUCGUAUGACAUCAAGGCUCAGAUGUCAUGCGAUGCUGAAAUGUCUUUUUAAAUUUUAGUGUUAAAAUAUCAGUAAUUCAGUUAUAAAUCCUCAAACCAAUACGAAAUCGUGACUUCAUUUUGUAACACCAUAUAUAAAAGUUAUAUAACAAAAAUAUAUUUUUAUACAACUACACAAAACUGAAAACAUAGCAAUACAUGAAAGUUCAAAUCUAUAUAUAUAUCGCUUUAGUAACAGGGAAACUAAAAGGCAGCGUUAUAUAAUAUUGUAAUGAAAUUAAAUAAAUAGGGACGAUGACAAGACAUGAAAUUUAAAAAUCUGUUAUGGCCGUUUUCACCAAAAUAUAAGUGGCACCUAAUAGUACAAGGGGUUACUUUAGGUGCCACGUCAUACUAAGAUACUCUUAGUUAAGUAACAGUUCGUGGUGGUUUGUGUUAACGGCCAUUAGUUCGUCACUUAGACAAUGAAAAAGUAUUAGACACAUAUUUUUUUUAUUUUGUCGUAUAAGAAAACAAUACUUCGAGAAAUCGAAUUAAAGUUUUGUAGAGGGAGGUCAGUAUAAAAUGUACUAAAUUGUGACGUCACACGAUGUCAAGUCGAAAGUAUUUGUUUCCGUAAGAAAAGAAAAA